AGCGGUGAGUUGCGUCACCUGCAAUACGGUCACAUUGAGUCCGAGGAAGAACGUGCAAACCAACAACAAAAUAAGAGUUUUAUUUACGUAUUUACAAAAAUAAAAAAAAUAAACAUUUCUCAGAGUUUUUCGAAGCUCCGAGUCCGCUAGGAAAUCUUGUAAAUUACAGUAAAAGGACAAGAAGUUGCAGCAAAACCAUGAGCAUGAGCGACGACGACAGGGACAUUGAUAUCGAGAGUGACGAUGAUGGAGACUCGGACAAUGGCCUUGGCUCCUCCCGGCACACAAGCACUGCAAACUUCACCCAGGCCGAAAAGCGAGCACAUCACAAUGCGUUGGAACGACGGCGAAGGGACCACAUCAAGGAGAGCUUCACGAACCUCAGGGAGGCGGUACCCACGCUAAAGGGCGAAAAGGCUAGUCGCGCACAGAUCCUGAAAAAGACCACUGAAUGCAUACAAACCAUGAGGCGGAAGAUCAGUGAGAACCAAAAAGACAUCGAAGAGAUCAAAAAACAAAAUAUCAUACUGGAUCAGCAAAUUCGAGCAUUAGAAUGUGCAAAUGGCGACGAUGCCUUUGCCGAAUUCCUCAGCGAGGAUGAAGUCGGGAGCGAAGACGCUGACGACGAUGAUUUGGAGCAGCCCGACUAUAGCAGGCGGAACAAAAAAAUGAAAACCUUCCACGCAUAGCUGCUGCCACAGAUCAGAACGCAGCCUGUGCAUGGCAGUUGCGGUUUUCAUUUUCACUCAUUUCUCUCGAAUCGAAUUCGCACAAAUGUGAAUAAUUCAUGGUGAUAUAAAAUCCCUUUUUAUAGAGUCCCAAACUCCCUGUCUAAGAAAGGCUUACCCCGACAAAUGGUAUUCCAAAUUAAGUCAAUACAUAUGAGCGAUUAGAAUCAGUGAAAGCGAAAACUGUAUCACGUCCUAUAACCAUAAUCAUCGUUAGUCUUAAGUGCAAUGUUUACCCACCCUUUCUACCUUAAUUAUAUACGUGUCUUUUGUACUUUAAGCUGAAAAUUAUUCUCUCUUUACGGCAAAAAAAAUAAAACUUUGUAAGAAUAUAUUUUAAUAAAAAUGAGAGCGCUCUUUAAAGUGAUCUAGAUCUACUGGGUAUUUGCCCUACAUAUAAAAUAAAAACUUAAAGA